AUGUCUGUCGAGCCUGUAUCGGAGCAUGCUCCAGUCGGCAACUUCUACCGAAGUCGGGCAAAGGAAUAUAUUGAACUUCAUGACCAAGUCGAGACCAGCGUUUCAUUGCUGGACAAUCUCGAGUCCUUCCUGUCCACCUUUCAGAAGGAUCUGGCAGCCGUUGCCGGGCAAAUUUCGGAAUUGCAAGAUAGAAGCAAGGACAUCGACAAUAGACUGAAGAGCAGGAAGAAAAUCGAGAGACGCUUGUCGGGCCUUCUCUCAGAUAUCACUAUCCCCCCUUCCCUUGCGACAACCAUUCUCGAUACGAAUGUUGGAGAACCAUGGCUCGAUGCCAUCGCUGAUUUCGAAAGGCGCUUGAACACCACGAAGACUCGCACAAGGGUCAAGGCUGCUCGCGACAUUGCGGAGGUCAUGGAAGCCUUGAGGAUUGUGGCGGCUACGAAACUUCGCGCAUUCUUCCUAGCCCUGUUCCAGCCCAUCCGGAGCAGUGUCACGACGAAUAUGCAAGUUAUACAGACAUCCGUGCUGCUCAAAUAUAACCCUCUAUUCGCAUUUCUCCAACGACAGGCGACAAACGUUGCCAACGAACUCCAACGUGCCUAUGUUGGCGCUGCCCGUGUCUAUUAUGAGACUGGAUUUCGGAGAUAUGCCCGGAGUCUCGGUGUAGUAAAGGCACGGACGGUAGAGAAGUUUGAAUCUAUAGUACAUACGCAUUCAAGUCCUAAUAUAAAUCUGGAACGACUCCAACACAACGAAAUCGAUGGUCCACCUGUGACUCUCGCAUAUAUGGCAGACGAUAAAACGCAUAAAUCCCCCGUUGAAGCUCUUCUGCGAUCACUUCUGUUGGUCUUCUUGGACAAUGCAACGGCAGAAUAUGCUUUCGUAUCAACUUUCUUUGCCUCACAGAUGCCGCUUCCUCCUCCAGAGCCGUACACGGCAGCACCUCAGACAGCCAUGUCUAUUCUAUCCCCCGAUGGCGUCUCGUACACAGAGUCACAGUCGCCUUCGGCCUCUGAUUUUGGAUCGCAACGCCCAAUGUCAAGCACGACGCCAGGGCUUGGUGGUUUCAUGUCAUUCGUUGCCAAAUCGAAAGAGGAGCAGGCAAAAAUAGAUACCAUCUGGAAGCAAGUAAUGGACCCUGUAUUGGAGUACUGUCAAAUUUUUGUGCGCUCAAUAUUGGACCCCACCCCACCAAUUAUCCCUCUGCUCACGAUGAUCAGGUUGGCAGAACACGUGGUAGCAGAAAUCCAGAAGAGGCAUUGUCCCCCUGCGGAGACAUACGUAUUUACCCUGACUUUGCAAAUGUGGCCCGUCUUCCAGAAAGGAAUGACAGAGAAUAUUAAUGAGCUCAAAAAGCUUGCAGAGGGUGUCAGUUCUGGUUAUUUGAGCCGGUCUUCGACCACCACCGACGCAGCUGUUGAAAGCAUAUGCGCACAAUACGUUGUUUUCUUCAAUUCAUUCGUCUUUUUGACGGACAACGAAGCCGAGAAUAUGAUUUUCACGAACUUGUCGCGCUUGAGACAAGAGGUGGCAAAGUUGAUCAUCCGCCACACGUCCCAAGGAAAUGACACUCUCGGCAAAGCGAAAGCACAGUCCAAGUUUUACGGCAUCCUGCUCCAGGGAUUGAGUAAGGGAACGCACCACACGGCCCACUUGAAGCUGCAGCAAGAAAUUGCCCAUUGGGCAUACUUGGAAGAGGAAACCAAGAGGAAAAUUGUGUCUGCGGGACAGUCCCGAUGA